AUGUCCACUACUUAUUUAAUCGUCGGUGCCUCUAGGGGAAUCGGUCUCGCCUAUGUUAAACAAUUGGUUUCAAACGAGUCAAAUUUAAUUAUUGCAACUGCGAGAAGCGAAGAAGCGGCUGCAAAAUUACAAGCACUCGGUCCAAAUGUCAAGACUUUCUUGGUGGAUAUGCAAGACCCUUAUUCCAAGUUUGAAACUUCUUUCAAGCAGCUCGAGGCAUUGGCUCCAUCUGGUGUAGAUGUUUUUAUUCAUAAUUCCGGCAUUUCGGGGCCUAACUUUCUCCUUACUCCUCAGGAAUAUGAUGUCGAUGCUUAUGACGAAGUCCUUUCGGUUAACAUUGGAGGUGCGGCGAAAAGUUAUAAAGCAGCUUAUCCUUACAUUUUCAAAGGAAAGGGAACCAAGAAGGUUGUAUUCACUUCCAGUUUACUUGGUCAGGUGGGUUAUCCAAUGGCAGCUCAAGCUUAUGCGGUUUCCAAAGCAGGCCUUAACCAUUUGGGAUACCAAAUUGCUUCUAACAACGCAAACUCUGGAGACGAGUUGGCCAAGAACUCAGCUACAAUUUUGUUGCAUCCCGGUAUUGUUAUCACCGAUAUGACUGCAGCCCUGAUUGAUUUCAAAGCAAAAGUCCCUGCAAACUUCUUUAUCACUCAAGAGGAGUCUGUUAAUGGUACUUUGGCUCUUGUCGAGAAGCUCACUGCUGCUGAUAACGGAAAAUUCUUCAACUACGAUGGAGAAGAGUUGAAAUACUCUGCAGUUUAG